CAGGGUUCGGGGAGAGCAGAUCUAGUGAAUGCAGGGUUCAGGGAGACCAUAUAUAGUGAAUUGCAGGGUUCGGGGAGACUAGAUAUAGUGAAUGCAGGGUCUGGGGAGAGCGGAUAUAGUGAAUGCAGGGUCCCGGGGGAGAGCAGAUAUAGUGAAUGCAGGGUCCGGGGAGAGUGGAAUAGUGAAUGCAGGGUCCGGGGGAGAGGAUAUAGUGAAUGCAGGGUCCGGGGAGAGCGGAUAUAGUGAAUGCAGGGUCCGGGGAGAGCGGAUAUAGUGAAUGCAGGGUCCGGGGAGAGCGGAUAUAGUGAAUGCAGGGUCCGGGAGAGCGAUAUAGUGAAUGCAGGGUCCGGGGAGAGCGGAUAUAGUGAAUGCAGGGUCCGGGGAGAGCGGAUAUAGUGAAUGCGGGGUCCGGGGAGAGCGGAUAUAGUGAAUGCGGGGUCCGGGGAGAGCGGAUAUAGUGAAUGCAGGGUCCAGGGGAGAGCGGAUAUAGUGAAUGCAGGGUCCGGGAGAACGGAUAUAGUGAAUGCGGGGUCGGGGAGACCGGAUAUAGUGAAUGCAGGGUUUUGGGGAG